CAUAUGUAAGUGCAACAUCUAGUCUUUGUUAUUGAAUUUGCGUUCGAAGAUCGGCGGAGCCGGACUAUUUGAUCGACUCCAGCCUGACCGGAGAUAAUAUGCGGGUGUCGCUUAUCACUUACCAUUGGAGAACUGAAGCUGAAGCCCGAACAGCUGCUCUGCGGACGAAAACAAAAGCAGCAGCAGAAAGUAAAACAGAAGCUACAAACAAUAGCCCCAGAUAGAAGCGAAAUCCGCAAUCAGCAGUGAAUGCCGAGCAUUGAUCACGGCAUAUGAGACCCACUUAGAAGUCAGGAGGCCGAACAAUGAACCAUACGUUGUAGAACCGUAGAAAACACCAGAGUUGUGAAGUCGCUAGGAGCAACAGGUGACCGAAGAUGUCUCAACCAGAGGACCAGAAUGUUCGUCAGCUGCUAGAUUUGCUGCCCAAGGACCAAAGAAAAGUUUUCGAGAACUUCAUAGAGUGGUUAGAUGGCACGAUCAAAGGAGCGGCUCAUUCCCACCAGACCGAAGUCCAAUCAGUACUCCAGGCAUUCCCUUAUCCCUCCCUGCAGUUGCUAAAGCUUCUCUACGAUCGUUCCAAGUUGCACAUUGGACACAUCAUCAGCUUUGUGCUGCGUCAAUUGCUAGAUGAAGAAGUCUCAUCCCCAAGAGCCCUUUGUGUACUGGCUAACUUCCCUGGAAGCAUAUUGGAGGCGGCCACGCUGCGGAACAAACUGAUGACGCGUCUGGCGAGUGAUUCACCCAACAAUGAGCAUCUGAUGCUGGCUCUAUUGGCGCGAAAUGAGGGCGAACUUUUGGAAGAACUACUACGGGAACAGGAGCUAGCUAUGAGAAGGCAGUUUUGUGAGGUGGCACCAUCCAGACAACUGGUUCUAUGGCUGGCCCUUAGUCAGAGAGAGCACUUUGUGGCCAGCUUGUGUCAGCACCUCAAGGACUUUGAGUGCUUUCAAGAUCGCACAUUGAGAAAUACUCUGUUAAUCCUGCGGCUAGCCAAUGAGUUUGCUUUGGGCACCCAAACCAUUGAUGAACUUGGCUGCCUGGAUAAGAGCCUGGCGGAGUUUGAUAUGACUGCUGUCCCAGAAGAGCUGAGAAAAGUGCAGCAGUUUUUCUAUGCAGACUUUCAACGCUUAUCCACGCUGCUUAAUUUUCUUAGGCCGCGGGACAUAAGCAAAACCCUCAAAGUUGACUCAUUAUUACGGUCACCAAGCGUGCUAUCAUUGAUACAUGACCAAGGGAUCACCUGUGAUCCUCAGGAUCUACUCCGACUGCUGGCGGAAACUCACAAGUGGCAGUUGCAGACACCUGCUUUGAAGAACUUCUAUCAGCAGGAUAUGGAGAUCCUUAGCUAUUAUACAACCCUCUGUCACGUAUACGAUGUAGUCCUUGAGCAGGGUGAGCAAAACUGCAAGGCAAAGAUGGGCCAAAUGUCGGUUCAGCUAAGACAAAUACAUCAAUUGGGAACCUUGUGCUCGCUGCUAGAGGAUAUCUUUCUCCUGGUCUUUCUACGUUGGGAACAACUGGAGCAGAACCCGCAAAAGCGAAGGGAGGACGAGGACGACGAUGAGGAGGAUGACGAUGAGCAGUAUGUGGAUGAUGAUGUUGCCAGUCCACCACGACCAACCGCCCCACUGACUCAACGAUCCAGAUACGGGUUCAUCAUUCGAUCCCCUUCCCUAGAGGCGCUAUUCACAUUCCUUAAGAUUUUUGUCACAAAGAAGUUGCACUCCCAGGAAUUUAAAUGCGCUACGGAGCAUCAGCAACGUUUCCAGCGCUUGGUUGAAGCCAUAAGCGAGGCCCUUUGGAAGCUGGGAGUGCUCCAGAAGAUCGAUCAAUCGCUAGAUAAGGUGUCGCCGUCGCUUACCUGUAUUCUGGAGCCGGAGCAGCUUCUUCAGCUGGUGCAGCUCCACAGCACUGCCAAAGAGAAGGCCUCCAGUGACGAUGAGAGCCGUGAACGCAGCAACCACGCAUCAAGCUUGAAUCGGAGAAAGGCCAAGAAGCAACGUCGUGCUGUAAGCUUCAGCGGAGCAGCUACGCCGAAGCCCUCCGCAGAUGGAGGCCCCAGUAUCGAUCAGUGCCGGGCCCGAGCCCAACACUUUCUUUGCCCUGGUGGCAAUCGAAAGAAUUCGUGUGUCACUCCGGCCAGUAAACGAUGCAUUAUUCCCAAGAUGCUCAGCACUCCGGAGCAACUGGCCAUCAUGGCUUUGGCCCUUAAGAAUUUCAACGAUGUCAAGCAGAUCAUCGAGACCUUUCAUCUGGAGCAGAGCCAGCUGAGCCGGGAAUUGCAGUUCAUGGAGCAGCAGCAGCAGGUCAAGCGAAAGCUAGCCAAGAUCUACUCCAACUACCAGGCUCUUGAGGCCCAGCAGCCAAACUCCGGAGAGACCACAGUGGAGCAAAUCAAGGGUGUGGCGGCCAAAGGAUUUGAGCUAUCGAAGAUCAUUAGCGUGGUGGACAACUUUGCUCAGGCCCAGCGGCUACACCAGAGUCCUGAGCUUAAGGAGCUCAUUCAGAAGCACAGUGGGCAACAUGGAUUCUUACAACAGUUCGAGGAACGCAAUCUAAACGCCCUAAUGAUUUGCGAUUUGAUUAUAAACCUUGGCUUCAACCGGGAAAUCACCAGCAACCUACUUUUGGUCAUUCGACGUCAGCAACAGCAGAGGAUCCCCAGCGAUGAAUCGAAUGGCUCCCCGGUUUCCUCGGAGAUUGGAGCCAUGAAUCUCCUGCAGAAUCUUUGCGAAUGUAUGCGCCUGUUGGAGCGAUCCGGUCAGCAACCUGCUCUUAACCAGAUGCUCUCCCUCCAAAGCUAUCCUCUUCGGCCGGCUGUUUUGGCUUUACAGCUCCAGCGGGAGACUGCUUUCGAAGUAAUCUACGGAAAGCAACCAAUGGAAUAUGCCCAUGGUGAAGAGCUCAGAGCGAACGCCGGACAGUUCCAGCAGCUACGCUCCAGGCACAACUACUAUGCCAGAUUUUGUAACUAUGUGCAUCAGCUGGCUCGUCUCUUGCAGCUCAGAGAUCCCAAUGUGGAGUACCACACAACGCAGCUCUUGAAAAACGAUCCUUACGAAGUCAUCGGGGAACUUAUCUACGAGUGCGGAAUAACGCCACUGGAGAUUGAGGCUAGUGUGGCAGCACUGCAUCUGAAUUUGGUUCAUGUGAUCGCCCUUAACAUAUGUCCGCAACUGGGCGAAGAAACAACAGGAAGAUCUCCACGUAUAGUAGCAGCCCAGAAGCAGGAAUCCAUCCAAAACUAUAUUGCCCAGCACAAUCAACUAUUGGCCCAACUCCUGUGGGCUGUGCAACAUGGUGAUCUUCCGACUGGAGAAGAAGGAUUGGACUUCACCUACCUCGGUAACUUGAUGCAGCUGCCGGAGGUGGAAGUCCAGUCUGCCAUGGACAACGGCAACAGAGUCUUGGCCGCCCUGAAAGCCUAUAAGUUGGAAAGUUCUAGUUUGGAGAAGCUAGUGCCCAAUCGAGAGCUUUUGCUGCAAAUCCUCCUGCUAGGAACAUGUGGACCAACUGAAUCUCCGGAGCAGUUAAAGCGUCUAAUAGACCGUUACAUUGAAGAACUUAUCGAACAGGACCCACGUAACAUCCAACUGGUGGUGCAUAUGGGUGAUCUUGGCAAGCGGGCUCACCUUUUGAAGGAGCACUUCACCCGCAUUUCUAGCAGCCAGUUGGCCAAGGAGCUGAUCGAGCGUUCGUUGCAGCAUCGCCUGGCGGGUACGGCAAUCCCACCGUUCCUACGCUCCCAGCUGGAGCACACCCUCUCCGAUAUAACCAUAUAUGCCAGGGUAUCGGCUCUCCUCCAGUUCGAGAGCUGGCCGCAGGCGUACGAUUUUGGCCGCCAGACCCCAAAUGUGAUCUUCGAGCAGUUGCUGCAGCGGCGACGAUUCAAACUGUGUUUGGAGUGGAGCCGAGUGGUGUUGCUUGCCAAAUCUGAAGGGCAGCAGCGAGUCUGCCUGCUUACCCUACUGGAUGCACUUCUGGAGCUUCAGGACGGCGAGGAGGUUGACGAGUCGCUGCUGGCAAUUGUGGAAAUGUUUCCGGCCAGUUCUUUGGUUAACUUCUUGGACACUCAUAAGGAUAAGUUCAGGUCCCUUUCGCUGCUCCAAUGGGUCAUCGAUUACUUGGAGAGCCAUGCCCGAGAUCCUCGUUUGUACCGGAACUAUCAGCUCUCCCUGGAAAUGUUGCGCCAGAUGGAUGUCAGUGAACGUCCACAUUUCUGGAAGUUGCUUCGGCAUCCUCUACUCAUCGUGGAACAGCUGGUGAUGAACGCCCGAUUCGAGCUGCUGGGCAAGCUGUUGGAUGCCUGUCGGGUCAAGUUACAGAAGGAGAAACCCUUGGGACCGUGUCCGUACUGUUUUGAGAAGCGUGGUCACAUCUACGAUGUCCAACCAGGAGGUACUCCCUCCAAAAUACGGUUUCAACUGGGACAAACCACAUCGGAGGCUUUUAUUCUUCUGAAUUUCAACUCCUACCAACAGGAUCACUUUGUGGGUCAGGAGUGCCUGGAUCUGUUGCUACGAAUUUACGCUAGCAAGGCCUUGGACUACAAUGUGGCCAAUGUACGGGCUCCUUCCGAGCCCAGCUCUUUGGGGACGGAUGUGCAAAAUUCGCUGGACUCGUUGUGCGGUGCCUUUGUGAUGCCCAAGCAUGCCCCCACCCGUCAGCAGUGGACCCGGGACGAAGAAGCCACCCACUGCAUGUGUUGCAGAAGAGCAGCUUUCACCAUGCUUAUGCGUCGCCACCACUGUCGCCGAUGCGGACGAGUGGUGUGCUAUACUUGCUCCACCCAUCGGAUGCGCAUCCCGGAGCUGUACGAUGAGCUGGAGGUGCGCAUCUGCAAUGAUUGCGCCAGCUGCUUGGCACCCAAGGGCCAAUAUGAUGGGUCUUCCAGUGAAAGGAGCAUCACUACCGGUUCAGGAUCAGGAUCUUCAGGGCAGGGUGAAAGUAGCAAGUGGCGGCUUAGCGGGAUCAUCACACACGAUAAGCUCUUGCGCGAAGAGUUCUCCUACGAGCAUGCCCCCAGUGUGGCGCUGAGUUUGUCCAUUCUGAAAAAUCACCACGAGCAGCGGAGUUGUGUGGAGCUGCUGCUGUUCCACUGUCGCAAGCUUGAGAAGUUGAUUGACCCGAAUCCAGAGGUGGACUAUGGCCUGGUGGCCAAGAUGAUCAACUGUCUGUCCUUUGCAGCCAAGGUCCGUGGAGCACCUGCAGAGUUUGAAAACAUUCGUGAACAUUCGGAAAUCAUUAUGGCAGUGGGUCAUCAGGGUUGCGAAUCCCUCAUUCCGGCCGGACCACUUUCUGAUCAGAAUCUACGUAAAUUGGCUGACGCCCUCGUCGAGGCUGAGCACUGGACCCUAGCCCUGGAAGUGCACCUUAAGUUUGGAUUCGCCACCACGGGUGUGAUGGCGGCCCACGGACUGGCCUGUCUUCGUGCUGGCUGCUAUGAAGCUGCCAGGGAGAAGUUCUCCCACUGCAUGACUCGUCUCUCCAGCGAGCAACUUAAUAGUAUCAUUUACAAGAGCAUGUUUGGAGCGGGUACCCAGGAAGCCUUGCUCUUGCCUAGAAAGCGUCCACAACGAGGACCAGCUUUGCUCCGGGAAAUCCUGCAACUAAUAGCUGCUAUGCCGCAAUCCCAACCACAGCCCGAGACGCUCCAGCGGGCCUCGCUGAUUCGAAGUUCCAAUUCCUCACUCGUCUCGCUUUUCUCGCGAAGAAGAGAGCCUUACGUGCAGCAGCGACCGCUCCAGGAGCCGGCUUUAAAUGUAAUGAAUGUUCUGGCCGGUCUCAAAAACAUUACCAAAGGAAACUAUGGAGCUUGGACUACUCCUCUCGAGGAAAAUCGCAGACAGGAGCGGGGCUUCGAGGAAUCCCUCCACUAUGUGCUCACCUAUGGCAGCCAUGGCGAUAUCCUCGCCUUCUUGCUUGGACGCAAUGAGCUUCGGGCAGCAUUGCGCUAUUGGAAGCACCAACAGUUGGACGCGGAUCUGUUUAUCCAGCACAUCUUCCAGCCUCAACUAGAAAGCGGCUCACUUCCCCAUUUGGUAGAUGAACUGCAGCAACUCGACGAUGCUCAGUUGAACGCAUGGCGAUUACCGCUCUUGCAAACCUGUCGCCACCUGGAGCAGCAUCAGCAGCUUAACUCCCUGUAUCAGCUGCAACUCCUCCUGAAGGAUCCGAUUCGGGCUAGCAUGACCUGCGUCAAAUUUUACCCACUGCAAUGCGAGAACUUCCAGAAGUUGCACGCCAACGCCCAGCACCUGCUCUCAGCUCAGAUGCACCUGCAGGGCGAACUGGACCUGGCCGAGUGGGAGCUUCUGCAGCGGCAGCAGGGACGACGCGGUAGCAUAGCCAGUUUUGCCAGUGUUCGAGGCGCCUGCUUCGCCAUGCAAAUGGAUGCUAGAGCGCUCAAUGGACACAUCAACACCAUCCGCCGACAAAUGGAGGUGGCCAAGUUUCUAGCACUCUGCGAACGCGAGCAACCGCCCGAUGAGCCACUUCGGACUCUACAAGCUCUCAAGCAGAUACGUCUGGAAUCCAACAGAGCCACUCUUCCCACGCUGUUUGAAGGAGCCUCGGAUCGCAUUCAAAUAUGUAUCCUGAUUUUGCUGUGUGGUAAAAAUAUUGAGGAAGGUUUUGGCCUGGCAUACGGAAUUAUACAAGACUACAAGUUGGCCACAAUAAAAGUGUUCGGAGCCACCGCCAAAUAUCUAGCUCGCAAUAAACGUCUGACGGAGGUUGAGCGUCUGGUGGCGUGCAUUGGCAGCAAUAAUGGCGGUUCCAUUUCCACCGAAACCGAUGAGAUUCUCUCGACUGCCGUCAACGCCGCUGUCCAUAGCAAUGCACCAGAAACCAAUCAAAUUCUCGAUCGGCUGAUCCAGCGCAUCGGAAGUGUGGAGCUGCGCAUAUCCUCGUACAUAUACAUCGGUCAACUUAAGGCCGCCUAUAUGCUAGCCAACAUGCAUGGACGCUUGGACGACGUCAAGCGCAUUCAGCGCCAGGCUGAGCUCACCGGUCAAGUGGCCAUAAAGAAGCUGUGCGAGAAGAAGCUCAAGUUCAGCGCCUCUCUAACGCCUAUGUGAUAUUUCAAACCCUCGGGCCAAACCCAUUUUAUACAAUUAUAUUGCAUAGGACUUUUAAAGG